AAAAAAAAAAAAAAAAUUCUGUGGAAAAAAAAAUCCCACAAAAUCCCCUUCAUUUGCUGUUCUUUUGCAUUCACGCUCUUUUAUUUUUGGUGCUCUUCUUUUUUGGUCCGCUUCUGAUCACUCCAAAGUAGAUAAUGCUUUCCACCAUCGCUCGCUUCUCCGUCAAGCCUAGCCGCAUGGCUUCGCGCGCUCUUGUCUCCACCUGGAGCAACGUUCCUGAAGGUCCUCCUGAUGCUAUUUUGGGUGUUACUGAGGCUUUCAAGAAGGACAGCAGCCCCAAGAAGAUGAACCUUGGUGUGGGUGCCUACCGUGAUGACAAUGGCAAGCCUUACGUCUUGUCUUGUGUCAAGAAGGCCGAAAAGAUCUUGUUGGACAAGAGCCUCGACAAGGAGUAUGCUGGUAUUACUGGUGUCCCCGAAUUCAACAAAUUGGCCGGUGCCCUUGCUUAUGGUGAUGAUAGCAAUGUUAUUCAGGAUAACAGACUUGCCAUUACACAAAGCAUUUCCGGAACCGGUGCUCUUCGUAUCGGUGCUUCUUUCUUGAACGAGUUCUACCCUCAUGCCAAGAACAUCAUUGUUCCCAACCCUACCUGGGGCAACCACAUUCCCAUCAUGAAGAACUCGGGUUUGAACCUUGAAAAGUACACCUACUUUGAUAAGAACACCAACGGUCUCAACAUCGAUGGCAUGCUUGAGGACAUCCGCAAGGCUCCCAAGAACACCAUCGUCCUCCUUCACGCUUGUGCUCACAACCCCACUGGUGUCGAUCCUACUCAGGAGCAAUGGAACCAGAUUGCUGAAGUCGUCAAGGAACGUGAUCAUUUCGUCUUCUUUGAUAUGGCUUAUCAAGGUUUUGCCUCCGGUGACUGCAACCGUGAUGCUUAUGCUCUUCGCAAGUUUGUAGAUGAAGGUCAUCAGGUUGUCUUGUCGCAGUCGUUUGCCAAGAACAUGGGUCUGUACGGUGAACGUGUCGGUUCCUUCUCGGUGGUGUGCGCCGAUGCCAACGAACGUGCUCGCGUUGACUCCCAGUUGAAGAUCCUUAUCCGUCCCAUGUACUCUAACCCUCCUAUUCACGGUGCUCGUCUUGUCAGCACAGUUCUUGGUAACCAGGAGCUCAAGCAGGAAUGGUUGGGCGAAGUCAAGUCCAUGGCUGACCGUAUCAUCACCAUGAGAGACAAGCUCCGAGGUCACCUCGAGAACGAUUUCGGUAGCAAGAAGCCUUGGAACCACAUCACGGACCAGAUCGGUAUGUUCUGCUACUCUGGCUUGAAGCCCGAGCAGGUCGAUAAGCUCAAGGAUGAAUGGCACGUCUACCUUACCCGCGAUGGUCGUAUCUCCAUGGCCGGUGUCUCUUCUGGCAACGUCAAGUACCUUGCUGAAGCCAUUCACAACGUCACCAAGGAUUAAAAGAAAAAAAUAUGUCCAUUUUCCCUACACUCCUCUAUCCUUUUUGUCUCUUUUCCCACUCUUUUCACACCUAAAACAUACUCAAUACAACGGCAAUAGAACUUAAAAACCAAAAAAAAAAGUCAUCGGGAAAAGCCUUUUUCCUUUUCACAUGUUGAGCCUACAUUGAAUGACACGGGCGGGAUACGAUAGGCUCCCACUGGUAUUCCCUGGUUUUUAGAGCUGUUCGUCCAAAACUAAGAUUACCAGCAACACAUAUUCUACAUGUCACAAUAGUUAGUGGGUUGAGCCAAAGUAUAAAUAAAAAGAUUUCGCAUUUGAGUCAGCGGUCAGUCAGCAUAAGCUGAUG